CGAUGCUGCUGUUCCCGGUGAAGAAGGUCCGCAAACACUCCAAGCUGCUGCUGCUGUCGCUGCUGCUGGGGGUUGGCGGGUGGGUGGCCUAUCUGGAGCUCGCCGCUUCCAGCGAGUGGAGGAAGAGCAGCGGCUUCAAGCACAACCGAGUAUUCAGUGACUGGAGUGAACGGCUGCAGGGACAAGGGAUCAAAGUCCCUGGAGUUGACCGUGACUUGGAGUUCUAUCACCAAAGAAAGGAGGGGGGACUAAAUGAGUUAGUGGGGCAAGCAAACCUGCACAUAUUCGAAGACUGGUGCGGAGGUUCCAUUGAACAGCUCAGAAAAAACAUACACUUCCCUCUCUUCCCACAUACCAGGACUGUGGUGAAGAAGUUGGCGGUGGCUCCAAGGUGGACCAACUAUGGACUCAGAAUAUUCGGCUACAUUCAUCCCUUCGCAGAGAGUACAUUUCAGUUUGCAAUGGCUUCCGAUGAUAACUCAGAGUUCUGGCUGAGUUCAGAUGACAACCCAGCCAACGUCUCACUUCUGGCUCGAGUGGGAAAGACCGGCAAAGAAUGGGCAGCACCCGGGGAAUUCGGAAAAUUCCGCAGUCAGAUCUCCAACCCCGUGCGCCUGUCAUCCUCUAGGAAGUACUACUUUGAGGUGCUUCACAAACAAAAUGACCAGGGAACAGAUCACGUGGAAGUUGCUUGGCGACUUUCCAAUGUUGGUCUGAAAUUCAACGUGAUUGAUUCUCGGUAUAUUUCACUUUAUAUUAAUGAGUCGUUGAUAAAACUAAACGAGGUGUGGCACAUCCCUCAGUCGGCAGCGAGUUAUAAAAAGCGUUACAGUUACCUGCGCUCACAAACAGACCAUCCGGCGGACAUGCUGAGGGACGAUCCUCGCGACACUUUUUACAAUCUGCCUCUGAUAACGGAGUCCCAUGUGGAUCAACUGUUGCCUGACUGUGCGUACAAGCCCAGCUAUAUCAUUAACGGAUUUCCUAUACUCCGUUACCAAGGAUUACAGUUUGUCCAUCUGACGUACAUCUAUCCCAACGACUACACACGGCUAACGCACAUGGAAUCGGAAAACAAAUGCUUUUAUUUUGAAAAUAUGUAUUACUUGGAAAGAUUUGGAUUCUACAAAUAUAUGAAGAUGGACACACCGCCACAAAAAUCAAACGAGGGAAAGUUGGAGCAUUCGCUCAGGAUCGCAGCAGGAAAACUGUUUGAUCGGCAUAAAGGGCAGAUCCAGAAGGACAACGUGGCUGCAGAAGGGGAUGAAUACGCGUAUGAGGAGGAGGAUGAAAUCCCGCGGGCAGUGAAUCUUAAAGCCGUAGUUCAGGAGCAGAUCCAGAAGGAUGUAGAGGAAGACGGGAGCCAUCUGGAGCCGGGAGAUGGAGUUGGAGGAGUGGAGAAAGCUGCCCGUUUGCCUGACGAGGAGGAGGAGGAGAAGGAGGACAAGGCAAAAGACUACGGAGAUGACUAUGAUGAUUAUGUUUUGAAGAGGAAACGGAAACUGUUCUUUGCUGCAGAAAAGAAGUCUAGCAAUGGGACGCUUGAUGGCAACGCAAUUGUGGACCAUCAGCCAACACCGGCGCGGAAAGGAAUGGAAGGCAAGAGUAGCGAAGUUUCUCGUGUCAAAGGAAACGCGCGGGGCACCCACUCUCCCAGUCAAAAAAAUCCCCGCAGUUUUCAAAAAAAGUUGCGUGUGGCGUUGAAGGGCGGGUUGGGAAAGCAGGCUGUGAGAUCGUCUGCGAGACAGCGGGGGAGAGGCAGCGACCAUCUUGCCCGGCACAUCACUCCGGGAGGGAAUCGGGACGUUGGUCGACCCGGGGCUCUGGAGAGACAGAACAACAGGUUGAGGGAGAAGCAGAAAGAAAUAUCCAAAGGUAGUCAAGACACGAAGAGAGCCGCUUACGCUGAGCAGCCGGUGGCCACGCUGUCGGGGGAAAGAGUCAACGAAAGUCUCGUCGCGUCUUUGAGCUCGAAGGACGGCCGUGUGAAAAGCGAUGGGCUGAAGCCGAUAGACCUGACAUCGCCAUUCGGGCUGAAAGAGGAAAGGAUCAACGGCGACACCAUUGUGUCAGAGAAACCUGCCCUUGGUCAGAACAAUGGGGGGGUCAACCCAGGACCUUUCAUCCCGCUGGGCCCCCGUUCCAAAAAGGACACACUCCCCGCUGCGGCCAGUGACUGGUUCGGCAAGGUCUUGCCGCCUGCCGGCCAGAAAAGGGGUGAGGUGAAGGAGAAGGGAGACGGGGGGGAAGAGAAAAACGAGGGGGAAAUCGACGAGAAGGCCAACGCAGACGGGAAGAAGGGCAGGAAGUGGUUCGAACCGCCCGCCAGGGAUGACAAGGCCAAUGGGAAACCGGUCAAGGAGGAGGAGGAGGGGGAGGAGGAGGAGGAGCCGCCGGAUGACCAGAGCUUCUACGGACACAUACACGACACGGCGGUCAGCUGGGAGCAGACCUUCAGCGUCAGCAACAUGGACUUCCACUCCCUGCGCUCCGACUGGAUCGACCUGCGCUGUAACGUGUCGGGCAACCUGCUGAUGAAGGAGCAGGAGGCCGCAGACGUGGUGGAGGCCUACAUGAAGAAGCUGAAUGAAAAACACAGGGGGAGGUACACACUGCAUCAAUUAGUCAGCAUUGAGAAGCGACUGGACCGUUUGCGGGGCAGCAGGUACCUGCUGGAGCUCGAGCUGCUGUGGAACCAGAAGACAAUUGUGCGAUUGUCCGAGUACGUGUACAACCUGAACGGUAACGGCGAUGGCACGGGCAUGGGCAGCGACGCGAGGCUGCGGAAGGUGUAUCGGCAGGCCGGCCAGAAUCUGGGGGAAAACCGCGCCAGGUUAACGCUGUGCUCGCCCACCGGGUUCAGCUGGCGGAGAAAUGCUAUGAUUCACUUUAUAGUCCCAGUGAAGAACCAGGCUCGAUGGGUACAGCAGUUUAUCUACGACAUGGAGGAGUUGUACGCAGUGACUGGCGACCAAUACUUCAGCGUGACCAUCACUGAUUACAGUAGCACCGACAUGGAUGUGGAGAACGCUUUGAAAAGGAGCAUGUUGACCAGGUAUCAGUACGUGAGACUUCAGGGGAACUUUGAGCGUUCUGCUGGCUUGCAGUCGGGAAUUGAUUUAAUACAGGAUGACCACAGCAUUGUCUUCCUGUGUGACCUGCACCUCAACUUCCCCCCGUACAUCAUCGACAGCAUCAGGAAACACUGUGUGGAGGGAAAGAUGGCCUUCGCCCCGAUCGUGAUGAGGUUGAACUGUGGCUCCUCAGCUCAAGAACCUGACGGAUACUGGGAAAUGAACGGUUUUGGCUUGCUGGGAAUCUACAAAUCCGAUCUUGACAGAAUUGGUGGAAUGAACACAAAGGAAUACCGGGAUCGGUGGGGGGGAGAGGACUGGGAGCUACUGGACAGGAUUUUCGAGUCUGGGUUGGAAGUGGAAAGAUUGUACAUGAGGAACUUCUUCCAUUAUUUCCACUCCAGACGUGGCAUGUGGAAUAGGAAACAAGGGUGAACGAACGCUGACUGUCGGAAGCCUGGCUCACAUGCACUUUAUCCAUCAGAGGGGGCCGAACCGCCCUCUCCACAAACAAGUGAACCUUAACGCAAGAUGUAUCUGAAAUGGGUGCAUUCGCUGCUCACAACUCUCAGGCUACUAGUGUUUCUUCCGAUCCUCUGGCGUAGGAAAAAAAAUUAUAAAGGGACUGCCUGUCCCACGUGGCCGACUUUUCUGGCGACUGCCGGCGUCCUUGACUGGCGUAUCGGGUCGCCGAAAAAGUCUCGGCGAACCGACAUUUUUUUUUGUCGCCACUGGAUUUUUAAAUGUUCCUAAUCUUUCGGCUUUCGGCCACCCUGUCAAUGAUGCCGGCUGUCCCCGAAGAAAAAUCGCUGAGUGGGACGGGGCUCCUUAAAGGACGGGCCCCUUAAAGGACGGGCCCCUUAAAGGACGGGCCCCUCAAAGGACCGCUCUUCUUCAUUCAUGUUUGUAAGUGUUGAAAAUAUUCCAAGAAAAACGAUAUCUAUUUUUUUAUUCAAAGCAAUACAAUGACGCUGUUAGGGUCUCAGGUGGGUGGUGGGACGGGGACACACACACACACACGCUAUGGUCCAAGUAAAGCGAAUGUCCUUUACCACGGAGCCAAGGAAUGAAGUCACACUGAACAUGGUUUGCGCAUCAGACCUUCAUCGGAUUUGUGGCCACUCCGUUUUACCACAGCCACUGUGAAACACCCAAUGUGCCUUUCGCAAUCCCGAGGACUCACCAAUCAACCGACAAACCUUCCAAGUUACACGUCUCCGUGCAACAAUUUUUAAAAAGGCUCAAUUGGAAGGGAAAUUUCUCCAAGAUCCCACGCUCAAAGAACAAACGAUGGAUUUAAAAAAAAAAAUUCUGGGGUCCUGUUCUGGAGAAGACAUAUUAAUUUCAAUGAAUAUUUUAGCAAUCCAUUUGGGAAGACUGGAUAAGCGCACCUAGAGAUAUGUUUUUUUUUUUAAACUAUUUAUCCCGCAGAGCUAUACAGCCCAAAGUCAGCCUAACUUGGAGUAAAUUGAGUUGACAAUAAUUCUGAGGUGAGAUCACACACUGUUGUAAAAUUAACAUUGAGGCAAUUCUGGGUUACGCUAUAAGUUAGCCCACCUUGUAUAUUUCCCAGGGAAAGAUAUACCUCUGAUGUCUCGAAUAUUCUUGCAACAGUUAUUUGAAGGUUUUCUGAUCUAAGCAGAUUCAGGAAGCACUUGUUCUUUGGCAGGUACGACAAAAACAAGGCGAGCAUUCACAUGCAACUUCUAGAGUUUAUGUUUCUUUGGUUUAGAUAUUCAGCGCGGAAACAGGCCCUUCGGCCCGUGCCGACCAGCGAUCCCCACACACUAACACUAUCCUACACACACUAGGGACAAUUUACGAUUUUACCAAAGCCAAUUAACCUACAAACC